CGCGAGGACGUCGAGUGUGAACAUCUUAACGGGCAGUAAAAUUGCCAUAAGUGCAAUAACAACCAGGACGGUAAGGUUACGAUCAGUCUUGCAGUGUAAGAGGGAGAUUAACGUCCACUCUGAGGAGUGCCGGGCCAUUACGGAGUAAGGGGGAAUGAAAGGGCAGACGAUUUGGCAGUGAAGCCCAGAGGACUGCCGUUAAUAAACUUGGUUAACCCGAAGCCUUUCGGGUCGGCGCAGACCGAGUUAAGAGAGUGGGCGACGAAUGCGCAUGCAACAUUGUGGAACAGCGAAACGGUUUGUAGGACGGCGAAAAACCUAUGGGGGGAUGCGGAUUGAGAGCGGAUGAGACUAUUACUGAAAGGAAGCAAGAAAUAGGCCAGUUUAACUAUUGGUAUCAUAACGGGACACAUAGGACUACGAGCUCAUUUAUGCAAAUUGAUGCGGCAAGUAAUAGCAUGUGUAGGGGAUGCGGCGAGAUGAUGAGACCUUGAACCAUUUUCUAUGUUACUGCCGCUUUCGAACCCACUAAGGGACGUGGCAUGGAAAACAAUUAUGGAUUUUAACAAUGGAUGCAUCAUCAAAACACUUAAAGGAGCUACUUAAAUUUGCCAUUCGUCACCAAACUGACGAUAAGUAUGUUGCUGACGGUACUCCGCCACAAUUGGAUGAGGAAAGAAAACAGUUUUUGGAAAGUGUCUUAAAAUCUAUGGCUGUCGACGUUACAGGAGAGUUAAUAAAAGCCUUGCACAUCCUUGACGAUCCUGCAACGACGACAGAAGACAAAAUCGAAGCACUCGACGUAAUUCGGGACUAUAUUGAUAAUAUCGAUUUCGCCAAUAAUUUUGUUAAGAUUGGUGGAACCAGAGUCCUUAUAGAUUGCCUCAAGGAUGACAAUGAUAUGCUGAAAAUAAACGCAAUUAAUGUUCUUGCCGAAUUAUCACAAAAUAAUCCGUUUUGUCAACAACAUUUUCUGGAUGUCAAUGUAAUGGAACUAUUGGUUGCGUACUUAAAAGACUCCAAUGACCAAGUUGUGGCCAGUACGUUGUACGCUCUAUCAUCCAUAAUGCAGAACUAUGAACCAGCUACCUCGGAAUUUGCUAAAGGCGAGGGCAUGCCAAAUGUUCUGCACUGUUUGGGGAAUAAAUGCUCUCGCGUAUUUGUAAAGGCGUGUUUCCUAAUCUCCUCCAUAUCAUCACAAUUUCCUUUGAUUCGCGAUCAAUUUGUGUGUUGUAAUGCUUUCCAAAAUCUCUCCAAAAAUCUAGAAAGUAUGGGUGAUUUCGAUGUGAAAUCCGAAGCAUUACUUCUGGCAAUGUCAACGUUAACCGAAAGCCAGUUUUUCAAAUGCAAUGCCAACGAUAAAAAAGAAAUCUUGGACACAUUAAACAGCAGCUUGAAAAAUUUUAAAGGACUGCCCCAAUGUGAAGAGAUGGAAAUGUACACCCAAAAAAUAAUCGAUAAACUGCAAUAGGCGCCAUCUAGACAAUUGCAAAACCAAAAUUGGUAGAGAGAAAUAAAUCGUAAAAACAAAAUAUUUUUGUAUUGUAAUUGAAAUCCGCAUUUUAAUGCACAUUCUAGCUAACGUGUAUGUUGUUUUGUACUUUUGAUAGCAACGCCGUUGUUAAACAAAAAAGAAGAUCUGAAUCUUCCAAAAACCCACAUUA